AUGGUGCGGGGCUCGAGAACGGAAGGAAACACGAGGCUUGGUGGCACUAGAGCCUUCUCUCCAGCCCCCAUGGCCAUGGCCUUCACCCCGGUGCCACUGGAGGACACGUCUUCACGCCCCCAGUUCUGCAAGUGGCCAUGCGAGUGCCCGCCAUCUCCGCCCCGCUGCCCGCUGGGGGUCAGCCUCAUCACCGACGGCUGCGAAUGCUGUAAAAUGUGUGCUCAGCAGCUCGGGGACAACUGCACAGAGGCAGCCAUCUGUGACCCCCACCGGGGCCUCUACUGCGAUUACAGUGGGGACCGCCCGAGGUACGCAAUAGGAGUGUGUGCACAGGUGGUCGGAGUGGGCUGCGUCCUGGACGGGGUGCGCUACACCAACGGCCAGUCCUUCCAGCCCAACUGCAAGUACAACUGCACGUGCGUGGACGGCGCGGUGGGCUGCACACCCCUGUGCAUGCGCGCGCGCCCCCCNCGCGUCUGGUGCCGGCGCCCCCGGCGGGUGCGCGUGCCUGGCCGCUGCUGCCAGCAGUGGGUGUGCGACGAUGAUGCCACGAGGCCGCGCAAGACAGCGCAGCGCCACACGGGCGCCCUAGCGGCCACGGGCGGGGUGGAGCCGUGGCAUAGGAACUGCAUAGCCUACAGGAGCCCCUGGAGCCCCUGCUCCACCAGCUGCGGCCUGGGGGUCUCCACGCGCAUCUCCAACGUCAACCCCCGGUGCUGGCCGGAGCAGGAGAGCCGCCUCUGCACCCUGCGGCCCUGCACCGUGGACAUCCGUCCACGCAUCAAGGAAGGGAAGAAGUGUUUGGCCGUGUACCAGCCCGAGGCCCCCGUGAACUUCACCCUCGCUGGCUGCACCAGCACACGCUCCUACCGGCCGAAGUACUGUGGGGUGUGCACAGACAGCAGGUGCUGCGUCCCCUACAAGUCCAAGACCAUCGACGUCUCCUUCCAAUGUCCCGACGGGCCUGGCUUCUCCCGCCAGGUGCUGUGGAUCAAUGCGUGCUUCUGCAACCUGAGCUGUAGGAAUCCCAACGAUAUCUUUGCUGACUUGGAAUCCUACCCUGACUUCCCAGAAAUUGCCAAUUAGACUGGCACAGAACAUGGGGCCUGGGGCGUGGCCCAGUGUGUGCGAAGGAGCCAGCUCUCCACAGCCUGCAGUUGAGCCUUCUUUGUCCACUUCCCACUGACUUCUAACUAUCCUGAUCCAGAUAGUUAGGCCCCUGUCCCAUCUCCAACCACCCGAAUGACCCAUUCCACUGCUGCUCAGCCCAGACUCUGACUUCUGUCCUUGGCAGCAUUCUGUGUACACUCCAAAGUGCCCUGUCUCCAGCUCUUCUGGACAAAACCCAAGGCUAUCCAAGUCCCUGGACGUCCUGCCGGAUCUUACCUGAGUUCCAAGGAGCAGCAUCAGCUCGGCAUUUCACCUCGUGCAUGCCCUUUCUAGAUGCCAAACCAUAAGACUCUUUGGGUCCAUGCAGAGGCCCAGACAGGAUCUAGGACAAUGGAGCAGCCUGUUACAGGGUCCUGCCAAGUGGACUUGACUAGACAGUUCUGGCCGGAGCACACCCAAGUGUCUCUGAUUCCGAAGAUCUGUGUACCCUAAGGCCACCAAAUAUUUGCCAAGCGAGGUGAAUGGUUGUUUGGUUUUGAUUUUUAAUGGAAAGUUGUGCUCAUUAUCCUAGGCUUUGUGGAAGUUAAGUCUUUCUUCAUCCCUGCCCUGUAAAGGGUCCAAAUUGCUUCUUUUCGGUCAGAAAUGCUAUUUGAUAACUUUCAUUCUUAUUCAUGGGAAAAGUCUCCAGUCAACACUCUAGGGUCAGAACAGGGUCAGCCAGUUUUCAGAAGAAGUGACAGAACCUCGAGUGAAUCUGCUGCUGGCCGACCGGACACCGGGCGGCUGGCCAGCUCUUCUGCACAUCCAGACCCUCUCCCUGCUUGGGGGCUCCUGGGAGUUGGUGGCGCCCUUAGGAUGGCCCCUCUGACCCCGGAGAGUGGCAUCCCAGGACGUUCCGCUGCUCCUGCAGAGCCCUGGGAGACCCAGCUGAAGCCGGGGCCAGACCCGCCUGAAGUAACUGAGACAGUUACUGGCUGGCUGAGGCUCAAACCAAGAAGUGGAUCUGCUCUGCAUCAGCCUGGAGCAGCAGAGUCACCGCCUGGGCCCAGGACACCGCUCUUUCUCUUGCAGAGACCCUUCUCUCGGACUUCAGGUCUGCUGACCUAAACCCCCAGUCCUGGUGUGAAGACAGAGGUUGACCAGUUGUUCCGAAACAGAAAUAUAUUUAACAGGGACCAACUGCCAAAAUGGGUUGGCGCUUAAAAGGAACACAAGGUUGUUAUGAAUGGAAAUGAGGCUGUUAUUUAUCUUAUUAGCACAAUAUAAAUAUUUACUGUUGCAAUUCUUUUAUUUACCACCUUCUGUUUACCGGAUAUUGUUCUCAGUGCUUUAUGUGCAUUAGCUCAUGGAGAAACUCAGCAGUCAUGUUGGAAAGUGCCUCUCAUUGUUUCUGUUGUUACAAAUGUGAAAUAGGACUCAGCAAGGUAUGGAGCCUUGACCAAAGUCACCUGGCUAUUAGUGGGGAAGUCGGGAUUCAAAUCCAAGUCCGACUGACUUCACAACCUGUGUCUUUGUCCUUAUGUUUAGAGCUUCCAAAUGUGUCGAGCAGGAAAACAUGUCAGAAAUAACCGACUACCUACUCUUGUUUUUCACUCUUUUUACUGCCUCUCUAGCUCCUUUCUCAAGAGAAGAGUAUCUGACUUUCAGAUAUAUAGGUGCCUGAACAUCCAAAAAAUACAGGAUGGACAAAAAAUCCAUGAGUCUCCUGUUGGUCCUCACCUCCUUCAGAUCAGGAGCCAGCUCUCACCCUGCAUUUAAGAGAUGGUUUUAUUCACUCAGGGCUGCAGAUGAAAGACGUGCGGCUUAUUCCUGAGGGAAUUUGGUGUUGGCGGGCCUGGAAUUCUGAAACAGGGAAAAAAAAAAAAAGGACUGGAAAUAUGCCCCCCUCACCAUGACCUCCCACACUCCUGGUCCAGUAGGAGGCACACAGCGGUCUCGAUACGUAUUUGAGGAAUUAAAAAAAAAAAA